AUGGCCAUUGCAGUUGGUCGUGCUUUCCCAGAUGCUAUCCAUCGGUUGUGCAGGUGGCACAUUAUAGACGGCCACUCAGACCAUCUGAAUACUAUUUUCAUGAGACACAAGGACAUUGAGAUAGAGAUGAUGGUGUGCAUUAACCAAGCAUAUAUGCCGAUGGAAUUUGAGAAUGCCUGGAAAGAGUUCAUAGACAAGUUUGGGCUGCAUGACAGUACAGUGUUGCGGGAUUUGUAUGAUAUAAGGCAUCGUUGGGUCCCUGCCUUUUUCAAGGAAGAUUACUGUGGCCGUAUGACGUCGACACAGCGGAGCGAGAGCUUUAACAGGUUAGUGAAGAGUAGUUUUGUAGACCACCAAACAGCGCUACACAGGUUUGCUCGAAGGAUACUUGAGGUGGCACUUUCAAGGAAGGAGAAGAAGGCUACAGAGACGCGGGCUUAUCAGGCUGUACCGAUUGUGAAGACAACAUGGCCUUUUGCAGAGCAGCUAUCUAGAGUGUACACCCGUGCAGUGUUCAAGGUGUUCGAGAAUACGCUAGAUGAAAGUGUUCAUUUCAGGAUUGAGCAAUAUGGAGUGGACCAGACACAAUGGAUUAUUUCUCACAGCAAGCGUUUAGAGAAGCAUGACUAUUGCCAACGUCAGUUCAAAGUAACGGCGGACGUAGUGAAUGGGCAGUUCAGCUGUUUGUUCUGUCCCCAUUUACUGAGAGCAUUCGUGCAUGUUCAAGUUGAGAAGAUUCCUCAUACAUAUGUACUGCGUCGUUACUCAAAGGAAGCAAAGAGUGAUGUCAAUUUUGACCGGCGUGAUCGUCCAAUAUCGGGGCCAGACGGUGUUAAAUUAUCAUACAGGACAAAGGUGUUGUCAUUGGAUGCACAACAGCUAGUAAAGUGGGGGAGGAGGUCGUCGGUUGCUUUCGAAAGGGCAACCUCAGUGAUGAAAGUGCUGAGAAAGCAGCUGGAAGAGAUUCCGGCAGAUGUCCAUGGGUUAGAUGUAGAUGAUGGUGUGAAGAGGUUGACUCCAUCUCCGGUGAUGCGUGAGGUGGAUCUACCUCCUGAGUUUUGUGUUAGGGGGUCGCCAACGCCAGACUGGCCACCACCACCUACAGAAUCAGAUGAAGAGAGGUUUCGAGAAGAUCUGGAGCAAUACUACAAUGAUGGGUACGUGUCCACUCCAUGCCCGUCACCACCAUCUGAUCUGUUCGAUUGCGAAGAAAAUUUGGAGGAUGGAGAUGUGGAAGAUGAUAAUUUGAGGCAUGGGGAUGUGCUGCCUAAGGAUAAUCAAUCAAAGGAUACAGCGUCACCACCGAGCAAGCGCAAGAAGGUUUAG